AUGGCCUCACCACCACCGAAAUCUGCGAAAAGAAAAUGGGACCAACCGGCACCAGGAGAAGAGAGCGCAACGCCGUCAAAAGUUGCGAAAACGGACGAAGGCAAAUCCGCGUCAGAGGCAGCGGCAGCAGCUGCUGCCAUUGCUGCCAAAAUUGCUGCGCAGUUUGCGAACGGGACUCUUGGAGGAGAUCACGAAGAGUUUACGAAGGACAUCGACAUCAACGAUGUGAGGAACCGUUACCUUCUGACGAAAGGAUCGACACAGGAACAGAUUCAUGACGAAACAGGCGCCUCAGUUGGUACGAGAGGUGUAUGGUAUCCCGACCGGUCCAAGGCCACGGAGAAGGAUCCUCCGUUGUACAUUCACAUUUCAGCGAAGACCAAAGAAGCGUUGGACAAGGCAGUAGCCAAAAUCCAUGAGCUGAUUGCCCUGGACAUGGGAUCUCUGGUGGAGAAAGGAGACAAGACGAGGGAACGGCGCAAAUGGCCAGAAGAGAAGCUUCCGGUUGGAUUGGAGUCAAUAAGGAAUUUCAAUAUCCGCGCGAAGGUUGUUGGUCCAUCGGGUUCAUUCGUGAAAUACAUUCAGUCGGAAACAAGUACAAGGGUGCAAAUAAAAGGAAUUGGAUCAGGUUUCAUUGACCAGGAGACUGGGCAAGAAGAACCUGUGCCAUUGUACAUCCACAUCACGGGCCCCGAGGAAGGCCAAGUUGCGCGGGCGAAGGUCUUGACGGAGGAUCUCCUGCUCGUCGUCCGACAAGAACACGCUAAGAUGCAGGUCGUCGUUCACCAGCAACAAAUGGAGCUCCAUCAAGCCCAAGCUCAGUAUGCUGCCUAUAGCGCUAUGGGUAGCUAUGCACCACCACCUCCGUCUGCUCCUGCUCCACCCCCGCCUCCAGGAGAAGGUCCGCCCCAAGCACCUGCUGGGACACCAGCUGGAGAUGCAGCAGCAGCACAAUACGCCGCAGGCCCACCUGCACCAUCGGACACCGAAGCAUACUCAGCUUACUGGGCUGCGUAUGGCUACGACGUCAACUCGCCUGAAUUCAAGGAAUGGCAGGCGAGCCAACAGCAACAAUAUGCGCAAUAUUACUCCCAAUAUGCAAAUGCUGUCCAGCCUUCCGAGCCCGCUCCCCCUCCGCCCCCGUCUUGA